AUGGCCAAAAACCAUAAGAGGGACCUCGUCACAGCCGAGGCUGUCAUUGGCGUGGCGGAGCUGGGCAUCAUCAUCUUCGGGUUCCUCUACGACGUCAACGACCUGCGUAAUGCGGCCCUCGUGAGCAAGCGGUUCUACAACGCUGCACAGCCCUAUCUCUGGGCCGCCAUCACCAUACCAUGUCUCUGCAUGCACCCCAGAUGGCGCGACCAGCAUGCCUUUUGGGACCGGUUCUCAUCGUUCCUCAAACGGAACACGCUCUCGCUCUGCGUCGACAUGCAAAAGAUGGCACCCAAUCUGUACAAGAGAUUCACGGCCGGGAACAGGCGCUGGGAGUCGCACGCAAGGAACUCCACCCGGUCCGUUCUUAAGCGCGGCGUGGACGAGCUAUUCAGCGGGCUGAGGGAAACACUUCUACGCGCGGAACGCCUCCGCAGCUUCUCGGCGCGGGACGUGCCCCGGGUGCUCGACCUGCUGAUCCUUCUACAGCGCCACCGCGCCGAGAUCCAGUGCGUGAACAUCACAGCUUCCAAGCACGACACCUUCGGACUCCUCCUCCUUCCCGCUCACGACGCCCCCCAUUGGAGGCAGAAGGUGUGGCUCAAUCCGGGACUCACGGUGCCCCUAGCCAACUCUAUCAACCUCGGCCUCGACAUCGGCGUGGCGCCCUACGGGCUCCAGUGGGACCCCAACCACGCCAUGCGGUCGCUGUGUCUGCAGUACAAAAGGGCCGGCGGCAAGCCCCUCGGCCUGCGCACGCUGACGCUCGGCUACGGCUUCGAGAUCGCGGACAACGACCUCAACAGGGCCAUCACCCCGGCCGGCGUCCCGCACUACCUGGCAUACCUCACCAACCUGAAGGCCCUCGAGGGUCUCCACCUGGAGAGCCUCCACGACAAGAACAAGAGCCAUCUCCGCCGCCUGAGCGACCGCCUCGGCUUCUCGCUGAUCUCAUCCGUCUCGGCGCCCUACGCGCGCUGCCUGACGGGCCUGCGCAAGGCCACC